GCCUUCGCCUCUCAACUUCCUCAUCAGUUUAUCACUCUGCUGCUGCUGCUUCCUCCCAUGGCCACACCACAACCACAGGAAAAACCGGUACACGUCAACGAAACACGGCCAAUAAGAGAUGAUGAGUAUACCCACUAUUUCAAAGAUACGUCGUCGUCUUCGGGAUGCGGUUGUUUCGGCCGGUUCUGCUGGUGGCGACGAAACACCAGUGGGUAUAUGGUGCAGGUGCAAUCGGAAGAGGUAAGACGGGAGAGUUGGGUGAAGAGAAAAGCCAAGAAACUUAGAGAGAUAUCGGAGAUUUUGGCGGGGCCGAGGUGGAAGAAUUUCAUUCGAAGGUUUAGUAGUUAUGGGAUUAAUAAGAGGAGGAGGUCGAUGAUGACGCAGUUUCAGUAUGAUCCUCGGAGCUAUCAACUUAAUUUCGAUCAGGGGGAAGCUGGUGCUGGAUUCCCCGAUUUCUCUGCAAGAUUUGCAGCGAUUCACAAAGGGGAUAAUUCAGCGGUGUGAAUUAUUAGUCCAUGUACCCCGUAGAUUGAUUGUUCAUUGUUCUUCCCUCUGUUCAUCCGAGUUCCGAUCAACUUUCACGG